AUGCAGGUUGCGGAUAGAACCGAUGUGGGACUGGCGCACAUUUUUUGCCGCCGCCGUGACGACCCCGGAGAUGAGUCAAGCCUUCAGGUGCUCAGACACAGACAGACACAGCAACACGCGCGUCCCGAGGCUCAGACCAGCUACAGGCCGUGGGGUCAAAGGGAACGGGUGGCCAAGGUGGGGCGCGCCACUGAGCCGGCGCACGCAGAGACAUGCCAGUCCGACGGUCUGGCGCACCAGCAUCGCCCACGCCUCUUUGCGGUGUCCUUCCAAAAUGACCAACCUGCUGCCAGUCUCUAA